AUGGGGAUUACAACGAAUCUUGUGCAGGCGGUGCUGCUUGUAGAGAUGAGUGUGUUUACAUUUAUGUUGCUUCCUGUAUCAAAGGGUCUCAAGAAGAGCAUUCUCAAGGUGUUUAUGGCAUCUAAGUUGUACCGAGGGAUUCUACACAUUUUGUAUGUGCUAUUGGCGAUGAUUCUUGUGAUGUUUGUUGACUCAGCAUAUAAAAUAUACACUGGUGAGGAUUAUGCCAAUCCGUUUGUUCUAUACCAAGCAGAGCGGAAUCUGUAUCUGACUGGGUUUACGUUGUUUCUUGCAGUGAUAUUCCAGAUGUUCAUCAAGAUGAUGUCGCUGCUAUUCAAAGAGGAGGAGUCAGCGUUGCUGCUCAGGAAGCAAUCCAUGAAUCAGAAGAAGUAUGUUGAGGACAUUGUGAGCGGAAAUGCAAGAAGCGAGGAAAAAAUCAAGCAGCUCGAAGACGAAGUAAGCAGUUUGAACAAAAAAAUCGUUUCAAGUGACAUGCUGAUUAAGCAACUUAGAAACAACCAAAACGAGUACUUCAGCAUCUUUGACAAAUACAAUGCACUUAAGGAGCAGAUUCAAAAAGAGUCUAAAAAAUCCAAAUAA